AAAACAAUAAAUAUGUUUUUAAAUAAAAGGUAUAAAAAUUAUUCCCUCCUUAAACGGCAAAAGCAGACAAAAAAACAACAAAAACACUAGAGCACUAGCUGUAUGUUGGAUCUAAUAACAUUUUUGAAAGAAGUUAUGUGUCACAUCAGGCUCAAAAACCUGCAGACUGGCUCAAAAAUUACUUCAAUACCAUCAAAGUCAUGAUAGAACAAAUAAUCUGACUUUUUGUCGGCAUAGUCCACUUUUUAUUCCGAUAAUCUAAGAAUAUUCACAAAAAUAUUUUCAGUCCAACAUCGGCGAAAAGAAUAUUCAGCGUGGACCGGUAAAACAAUAUUCUUAUCAAAAAAAGAGCGUAUUCUUCCAAUAGCUUCUUCUACUGAAAACAAGGCAAGAACAAACAGUUUCGUCCUGCAGAUCUCCAUACGUUUCUUACGGUGUAACACAGCAAGAAAACUUCCUGCGGAUGACUGUAGCGACAUCCUUGAUGUUCUGAUAACAAAUUGUUUGAGUUGAAAGAGUUAAGAGUGAUUUGUUUCAUCGAUAAAAGGGAAAUUAAUUGUUAAGGUGCCUUGCAUGCUUUCUGUCACAAAUGAGAUUUUUAGUAAAAGAAAACGCAUCUUUAGCAACUCGACGAAAACUCAAAUUUCUAUUUUUUAAGUGUAUAUAUAUCUGGGGAUUAUCAUCAACCACAGUUCAAUUUUUUUUAUCAGGCCGGACUGCCAACUGAAACUUUCCAUUAAAUUGGAAGAAUCCGCUAAAUGGUAAAACAAUGUUUUCCAGGGAGGCAAACGGAUCGGAAAAACUCGAAACAAAUCAUGCAAUAUUACUGGGACUAAAACUUUUCGUAAAAAUCGUAUAUCUUCUAAAAUUUAGUCUUGGUUCUAACGACGUGUGAGCUUAUUGAAGUGCGCAUCCUUUCUGCGCAAGUAAUGCACCCACCACGUGUAUAUAGAACACGCGCCCUCAGUAAUAAAAUGAACAAUGAUAGCACGUGCUCACGUACUGCCAUAAUUAGCGCUGGUUUUCACUGGCGCACUAGAGGGUAAUUACGUACAACAUAUGCAGACGCAGAGAAGUGCUGCUAAGUAGCAUCUUUUGUAAGAAACUCUCCUUAGAAAAGGCGCUAUAAUUAUCAAGUGAAAACCAGCCUUUAUUAAGGUCAUGGUAAAGUCUGCAAGCGAACAAGGCUGACGCUUACCUCCGGUUUCUAUCUAGCAUGAAGCGACUAGGUAUAUUUCUCCUGCCCCCAGAUGGGAUGCUGGUCUAUUGCAGGGUUACCCCCAGCAUUAAGUUUGCCGGUACCCAUUUAUAUACCUGGGUGGAAAAAGUCACUGUCACUGUUAAGUGCUUUGCCCAAGAACACAACAAAGUAUACCUUGCCAGGGUUCGAACCGGGACCGCUCGAUCCGGAGACGAGCGCACUUAACAUGAGGCCACCGCGGCUCCCGCCCACCUGGAGUUUGUAAUUUUGGAUGUUCGUUGUGGCCCCCAAUUUUCGUUACAUAUAACACGUUCUCUUCUGUUUAUCUACGUUUUGGGAGAAAACAAAUUAAAAAAUAAUGCAUAAGAAGUUUGAAAUUUUGCCUCAGGCUCGUAUUACGGUCUCUUCUUUUGAACUCUUCGUUUAGCUGUGCGAAGACUUCAAAUGCCUUAUCAGUGUUUCAUGAAAGAAUGCCGGCGACAUUUGGAGUUAUUAACCCAACAGAUCCACUUAUACAAAAUAUGGCAAGAAGGUUGCCUAACCCUAAUCUUCAACAUUUUUAGCUCAAAAAUCCUAGAGACCAGGUAGAGUUUCUUGCCAAUUUUUCAAAAAUACCCUUGUACAGUGUAAAAUUAGAGAGUGGAAAAGAAGCCUAGGAAGAAAUGCUUUCUACAAAACUACUAACUUGGAACACGUGAAUAACAACAACAGUUUAUUUGUACAAAUAAAAGGAAAAACGAAAGCCAGUACUUUACAAGAGAGUUGAUGAAUAAUUCAGUACAAAAAUCUACACAUUAUGAAAGGUAGCGAAAGUAUGACUGACUGUCCCUUGGAGAGUGAUGGAACCUUGUUAUGGAUUUUUCGUUAUAUCAGUGAAGACUCGACUUUACUGUGACGGCGUUCAUCGACUUUGAUGCAAAAUUUUGUGUCCUCGUGUACGAAUUAUGCGACCUGCAAUCACGUCUUGCCGCGCGGUCUUUCUAAACAACAAGCGUAACAAGAUAACGUUUUUCAUGUCCCAUGAGAGAGCUUUAUGCGAACUUUGUCCGAGUUAGCUAAACUUCCAAGACGUUCGACAAAACGAUCUGUUGGUCUAUGCAAUUGAGCUAACUUAGCUACUUGCAGAUUACAUGUAUUGCAUGGUGAAUCGUUUAGAAGAUUUUCGACUUGACACGGCUUGCCUAGCUCGGAGUUAAGAUGGAAAAACAAAUCGGUAAACAACUGGGAUUAGGCUGAAAUACUUGGUGGAACUAUGGAAAUUUGAGAUCUAGCACGAACAUAGAUAUAAAUUUAUCAAAGAACUCAACACAGACUAAGACAAUGUGACCAGCAUAGAAAAUAAAUAUGCUUGACUGCAGAGCAGAUAUUUCUCUCACAAAUGACUCCGCAAGCAACCGUGCUUGACAACUAAAUCCUAAGCUAGUCGGCAAGUGUUUUUCCAAGAUGGAGGGACAAUAAUUGUUUUGUAUAAAAGAAUUAACAAAAUCCAUAAUUAAUCUGGUCCCUUAGGUAUUCAUUAGCCGGACAAAGAAAACUGCCGCGAAAACAGAGCAGCUGACCCGGCACGGCUUUUGUGAAAGCGAAUGGUUUGGUUCGGUCUCAUAUUCAACGGUUUAUAAAGUCUUACAUAACAAAAACAGCAACCACUUAGAAGAGACUUAUCAGGAGAGUAACUUUUAGAGCAUUGAAUUACUUUGCAUACUGGUGCUGUAUGAGUCAAGAAAUAAAAUCACAUUGAACUUGGUAUUUUCUAGUACUUGACGAAUGCCGUUAUACAUGAUGUCACAUCCGUUUCCUGACUGCCAGUAGUUCCGCAUAACUGGCAAGGUCUGAUGACCCGAAUCUUUUAUGAUUCACUUGAGAUGAUGUCGUUAAAUAAUGGGACGCAGGAAAAAAAGGAAUAAAAAUAUUCCUUGUCAGCAAUUAAGGCUGAAUUUGACCGUGUUCUUAUACUCAAUAUGAUGUCCUGUUUCAUUACAAUUCACUUUGUCUUAGUCAAAUUUUUAACAUAUCAGAAUUCUUAAAAAGUUUAUCUGAAGAAAAAAAUGGGAUAAUUUGGUUAAACUCCUUUGUUUCGAAUAAGAAAAGACUUUUUAACAAAACUACUUACAGUAUUUUAUCACUACCUGGGAAGUAAACCCUCUUCUUGACAAUUCUUAGUUCAUAAAAUGUCUGCUUGAAAGCAUGAUGUUGUUUCAUUUACUUGACGUAUUUCACUCGCCACUUGGUCGUCAUUGACGAUUUUGCGGCCAAGCAACCCUGACCCACGAACAAUAUAUGUCACUGGCUCUCCGUUAAUCUCUUUGUCGUUGUUAUCUUAAUUGGUAGCCGACCUGUUGCUUCUCUAUUCUUAUGCAAAACUCAAGAAAGCAGUUUCGAGAAAAAAUUUGUCUAUGACGCGUCUGGUUCAUGAAUGAUCAUUUUGCGACGGCCAAUCUCUCUCUACCUUACCGUUAUUUUUGAUAUUGGUAUAUUCAACUAAUGAAAUAGUAUGGCUUCAGAGGAAAAUGCUGAUAUAGACCGCACUGUCAAAGAUAUUUUUCACGCUUGGGAUUUGAACAAAAAUGGCUUCAUCGAACAGUCGGAACUCGCUUGUUGUUGCUCUGAGCUGAAUUUGACAAUCGAAGAAGUUAGCAACUUGUUCAAUGAACUUGACGCGGACGGAGACAAAAAGAUAAGUCUGCAAGAUUUUUCUAAGGGAUUCAAGCGAGUUUGUUCUUUAUUCGAUGCCGACAUCGAUGAACUUUCAAGCGUGGAGGUCCGCGAGACCAGAAAGUUUGACAAACUUCUAGAUGCCCUUGGAGUCAGGGACCUCUUAUCAGGACAAGACUAUGUCUCAGAGCUGUUCCACUACCUGCAAACCUCAGCUGACUCGCCUCAACUUCUGGCAUUACUGGAAAGUUUUCUGUUCAGUGUUGUCAGAGAUGUUAAACAUUACUCAUCUGAGAAUCAAAGACUGGAGGAUGCCCUCAAGAGGACAUGUGAGAAACAUACUGAACACAUGGAUCAACUUGACAGCGAGCUCGAGCAACAGAUGCAGAGGAUGGAAACGCGCAUCAGAAAGGAGGAAAGAAGUAAACAAGAGAGGGCUAAUUUGGAUAUUGUUUGGCAAUUGGAGACUAAAAAUAAGGAGAUACAGACAUUAUCUGCAAGAAUACAAAAGCUUGAGGGAAGGCUGAAGAAGAAAGAACCUGAAGAACAAAAGAUAAAAGAAGAAGUUGAUGAAAAAGUUCAGGAAAUACGAUUUCUGCGGAGUCAGCUAACAGAUGCACAAACAAAUCUGGCUGUUUUGCGAAGUGAGCUUGCUCAACUUAGAAACGAUUAUGAAGAACAGGAAACACAGUUUGCGGCUGAGAAGAGAACUGUAAUGGAGUGUGUACUGGAACAGGAGAGCUUAACAAGACAGCUUCAGUUACUUCAUGAGGCAAAUAAAAAGCUUCAUGACACAAAUGAUGACUUAAGAGCAGCUUUAGAGUCGAGAAAAGGUGGUGACAAGAGAAGCCCUUCACCAAACAAGAGGCAUUCAAUAUCAACACUUUACUCACCGACGUCCAGCAUGACAUUUCAAAACAAGUCACCUAUUAACAGCCGGUCCCCCUCAAGGUUGGUGGAAGAAUCCACACCUGAUGUUGUAGAUGGCAAAUCUGCACAAACAACUCCAAGAAGCGUACCACUGCCUUCAUCUAAAAGUGCCAGCAGCUCUCGAAGAGGCUCCGCACUGCUUCCCAGCCAGCAGAGCUGUGAAGUUGACGAUGAUGCACUAACAAAUGAAAACUCAUUGAUGACCGAGCUCAUGCAGGUGCAGCAGCUGUCAGUUCCUGAAGACAUAUCAGAAGAAGAGUGUGAAACGGAAUUAGACUAUAACAACAAUGCAGGCAUAUUAAACAGCCGGGAGACCGGCCAGAUACAUCACUUAUUACCACCUGCUAGGCAAUCGUGCGAAGUUGAUGAUCAUCUUGCUACUGAGGACAAGUCCUUCUUGGACGAGCCUGUCAUUCUGGGGUAUUGCACCAUGAAUUUUUAUCGAGAUUUAGAAGAAGAAGAAGAAGAAGAAGAAGAAGAAGAAGAUGAAGCGUAUGAUACAUUGAGAUCAUCUGAUAGACAAACAUUCACUAAGCAACUGGACAUAUUACAGGAGACGAACAAGAGACUAUGCGAAAGCAAUGAUGACCUACGAGCAGCACUCGAGGCCUUGACUGGGAGACGAUCAAAGUCCUCUAAGGCUCGUAGAAGUAGCGAGAAAUGCCAGAGAAAUCCCAGCAUCCACAGCGAUUAUGGCUCCAUUUCUAGUCGCAGCAUCACUCCAAACCAUCUUCAAGGACCCAAGUCUGAAGAUGAUGUUGCUGAUGGCGCCGAGGCCGAGGCUGAUGAAGCUGAUGAGCUGUCUGGAUAUGAACCCGAGUCUGAUGUCAACACCAUGACGAUAAAUGCUCGCCAUUUUGAAGCUGCUCCUAAACUUUCCAAACUGGCGGCUACCCCACAUGAACGUCACGUGACACUACAAGAACGCGCCAAUGACGUAGUGUGGGAUAGUGAUACAGAACACGAACCAGGCCCCCCUCAACCGCAACAUCAGCAACAAGAACAACAACAGCAAGAGCAGGAAGCAGCAAACAUUGAAAGAAACACAAACAUUCAUGCGCACUCGCCUUUUAAUCGAAACAGUCACUUGAGAAAACCUUGCAGGCAUAAGAGCUUAGAACAGUUAUUCAAUAAAUCAAACAGUAAAGGCGACAGGUCCGCCUGGCCUUCUAUAGCGCGAGCGGGUAAGUGGAACAGCAUGGAGCAAGUAAGAAAGAGAAAUGACUUUGUUGGUGAGCGCACUAGGUCGUUGCCUACGUCGCGAUGGCAAAGCGACGAAGGAAUCAACUCUGGAAAAGGAGUUGGGUUUUGGCAGCUUUCUGAGAAAUUGAACGCUUUGCGUUCUAGUAGAGAAAGCGUCGCGGAAGGAAGAGACGAUUCCAAAGUAAAAAUUAUCGCCGCUUCACACGAGCCGGCGGUAGUACAGAACUUUCAUUCUGAAAUUCAAACUGUUAAUCACGAAGACCUGGAGCAGCUGAUACGACGGCCGGCACCAAGACAAAGAAUAUUCCACGGAGAAAAUGUCGCUGAAAGACUUCUAAAUGAUGAAGAAACUAGGACAGCUCCAGCUGAUCUCGCUGAGGGUUCUAGUCUUAAACGACGAAAUUCGCUGGUAAUAAGACGCAACCGAACUAAGACCGACUCUCUUCCCGAGUCAGAUAGCAGCAAACCUGACGCGCUCAGCGCUGAACUUGAAGCUCAGUUCAAGAGUGUUAUUGAGGAGGAUGACGAAGACAUUGACGAAGAUGACGUAGGAGACGAGGAGUUAGCCCAGUUGGUUGCUAUGGCAAAGGAUCACACGGAGUCUGAAGGUGAUACCGAUACAGAGACAGAGGCGCCCGAGGGAGAGAGAGGUGCGGCUGUUGGUUCUGACUCUUUGUCCGAGGCUUCUUCGAACACUCCAUUGCAUACAUCAGUAGUGGAAGGGAAUGUACCAGAGCGCAUGUACAAACUGGUUUUAGCAGGGGACGCGGCAGUGGGUAAAUCCAGCUUUAUACUCAGACUGUGCAGGAACAGAUUCCACAGUGCGCUGAACUCCACGCUUGGUGUGGAUUUCCAGAUGAAAACACUUGUUGUUGAUGAUAAAACUGUCGCGUUUCAACUAUGGGAUACAGCAGGCCAGGAAAGGUUCCGAAGUAUCGCUAAGUCUUAUUUCCGCAAGGCUGAUGGUGUAUUACUUCUGUACGAUGUCACUUGCGAAACAUCUUUUAUUGAUGUCCGUGACUGGGUGGAAGCCAUCGAGGAUAGCACGACAAAGCCGAUUCCCAUCAUGCUAUGCGGUAACAAGAUUGAUUUGCGCCAAUCACAUAUCGAUGAAGGCAAGACCGUCAUAACAGCGGAAAAUGGAGAGAGAUUAGCAAAGGAAUAUGGCGCUUUGUUUAUCGAAACGAGCUCGAAAGAAAACAGAAAUAUAACGGAAGCCUGCGUCGAACUGGGCAGAUUGCUCAGAAAAGUUGAGGACACGGAGGUAGAAGAAAGCAAUGGAUUAAAAUUGACGGAAGGAGAGGAGAAGAGCAAGAAGAAAGUGAACUGUUGCCCUACGUAGUUGAGCGUUUCGAGUAUAAUUUACCGGAGGGAUAAGUACCAUUGAAACACCUUAGUCUUAAAACGCGGUUGUUGUUCGAGGAGAGGCUGCUAAGCAGCUUGUCGACUUUCUUUCGGUGUACUCGUGCGAUUUCUGAUUGGUCGCAAAAAUUCGGAAAUGGUUCGAGAACUUCUAUGGAGAUUAUCCAUAGUCGGUAUCUUGUUCCGUGUACUGAAAAAGGCGGGAAAUUAGCAUGUAGUUGUUCUGAGCUUUUCGAGAGCUACCUGAAAUUGAGAAUUCUUGAAUGGAUUUUGAACGAUGCCAGUUUUGCUUGUGAAACAAUCUUAUUCAACCUGGGAAACUGUUAUUAUCCAUCACAGAGAAAACUAAGUUUUAGUUUUAGUUAAUAUUUACACUGUAAAUAAUUCGUAUUUGAAACAAAUUUCAAUUGGAAUUUUUUUAAAUUAUGCUUCGGGUUCUAGUCUUACCAUACCAUGUAUGCAAGAAUUCAUAACGUAUUUGUUCAAAUCAUUAAUUUAUUUAUUCAAUUAUUGUCUUCACUAGACCGUGAAUGCAUGCCACCUAGAAGAGAAAUAAGUGUAUUUAAGCUUCACCAGCGUUAAGAGUUGUUAAUUUUAACUAAGAACGUUUUGUAAAUAGAUAGUUCAUUGACAUAGAAUAUGGAGAAAUGAGAGUUUUUAGAGAUUUUCGUCCAUUUUUUUUUUUACUGUAUAAACAUUUUUGCUUAGCGAAGCACAGGCCAUCAGGAAUGGAAGAGUAAUUUAAGCGAUGUUUAGAAAGAAAAGAAGCUUGAAUGCGGCGCAACUUAGAGCAUAACGAACCUUGCUUGGUGUAUAAAAGAAAUGUAAUUCCCGUAUGACUAGUUUUUUUUUUUCUGUCAAUAAUUAAAAAGGUUUGUUUAUUGGACUUUCUUUUCCUUUAAAUAAAAACAAAAGAAAAGUUGACACCGCAAUUUCAUUGACAUUGCGAGACAUAAAGUUUAAGGUUUAAGGUUUCUUAAAAUAGGAAAAAAGGUUUUAGCGUUGAUAGGAUUUCAAUGUUCGUUUAUUUCUAGAAUUUGUCCGUGUAAAUUUAGCGUAAAUUUGUCUUUAAGGUUGAUUUUUUAAUCGAUACUUCAGGGCUUGUUCGUUACGUUAAAGUUCAACCUCGUUCCCAAGGUUUCUCAUCUUCCCGCCCUCCCGGAGCGAAAAAAAGAAGAGAGACCCUGGGAACGAGGUUGGUUUGAGUUGCGCCGGUUAAAUUCAACUUUUUGAGGAAGCUGGUUUUCCUGUUGUUUGUACUGUGCCAUGUGUGAUUCUAGACGAAUCAGUUAUAUGUUACCCAUGCAUUCAUACUUUUACAAGUUUUUAUUUAAAAACGCAUUGACUCCAUCGUUUACGGAGACAUCAAAACACACAUGUUAAUAUAGCUGAGGAUUUUGUACAUAAAUGUCUAGGUGGCCGAGCUGAGGCCGGGCGUAAUUAAAGAUGUGUACUUUAUCUGUU